AGGAUAGUCAGACGAAACCGAGUUUAUGCUAAAAUGGCUUGCCAUAUAGUCAAAGUAAUCCAGACUUUCUCACACCGGUGCGUCAGACGUCGGUCGGUUUGUCCUGGCUGACGUUGACCAAUAGGAGCAGAUGUGGAGCGUUACCAAGGAAACGGCGUUCAAGGCUACGUGACGGUGAGAGGCUACAGGAGCGCAGCCAGUGGAGCCGAGGCGCAGCUGCUACAGUAUAAUUUUGAUUUUUUUUUUUUUUUUUUACAGAUUUCUGAUUAAAAACGAAUAUUUCCGGAAGCGUUUUGGAUCUCCGCCGAGGUUGACGCUUCUGUGGCCGGUGUGGGCGCUCAGUCUGACGACCAGCGGUUGUUUAGGGUUAGCCCGUUAGCCGGUUAGCCCGUUAGCCGGUUAGCCGGUUAGCCCGUUAGCCGGUUAGCCCGUUAGCCGGUUAGCCCGUUAGCCAGUUAGCCGGUUAGCCAGUUAGCCGGUUAACCGGUUAGCACGGGACCACAGAGCGGGCUGCAUCUCGUUUCCUCUCCCGGACCUUGGGCUCUGCUUUGUGGAUGGAGCUGAGCUAGCCGCCGGGCUGGGACCGUCUGGCCUGGUUCUGACCUGAUUCCUCCGGACAGACCGACCCAGGGAUGCGGGAUGAGAUGAGGCGCCGCGGACCGAACCAGUCGUGUUAGCCAGAAUGUGAACCAUGUGAAGUUAAAAGCCGGACCCGGCCGGUUCUGGAGGAACGGAUUUACAGAAACAGGGAUGGAGGUGUGCGGCAGGAACCCGAACCGCACGGCGCCGACCCCUGACCCCCAGCGCUCUGAGGUGCCGCUCUGCUCACGGACCAACGGCUGGACCUGGCCGCCUCACCCCUUCCAGCUGCUGGCCUGGCUGCUCUACGUCUACUUCGCCGUCACCGGCUUCGGCGUCUUCGUCCCGCUUCUGCCGCCGCACUGGGUCCCUGCGGGCUACAUCUGCACCGGCAUCCUGUUCGUGUCCCACCUGUGCGUCCACGUCCUGGCCGUGUCCGUCGAUCCGGCCGACCUCAACGUGAGGAUGAGGAGCGACAGAGGGCCGGUCCCCGCCUUCGACCGCUCCAAACACGCACACGUCAUCGAGAACUCCCACUGCUACCUGUGCCAGGUGGAUGUGGGCCCCAAGUCGAAGCACUGCAGCGCCUGUAACAAGUGCGUUGCUAACUUCGACCACCACUGCCGCUGGCUCAACAACUGUGUGGGCAGCAGGAACUACAAGUUGUUCCUCCACAGCGUCGUCUCCGCUCUGCUGGGCGUCUCUCUGGUUCUGGUCUUCGCCUCCUAUGUCUUCGUCGAGUUCUUCAGAGACCCGUCGAACCUGCGCAGCGACAAACAUUUCCUGGUCCAGAAUCAGACAGGCGUGUGGUUCGUCUUCCUGCCGGUGGCUCCUCUCAGGUCAGCGGCCGCCGUCAUCCCGGUUCUGGCUGCCGUUACCAUGGCGACGGGCCUGCUGUCGUCCGGGCUUCUCUGCCACCUGCUGUGCUUCCACAUCUACCUGAUGUGGAACAGACUCAGCACCUAUGAGUACAUCGUGCGACAGCGCCACCGCCUGGACAGUAGAGACCCGAGGACAGCCGCAGCAGCUAAGCAGAACAGACGUCCAUCUGUCGUCCAGGAUGUGAACUACUCAGGGACCCUGGGGUACACCAACCCCCAGCUGGACGUCCAGCAGGGACAGGCGGACACCUGUGCUGGUUCCGAUCCGGUCCCCAGGUUCCUGGCCAAUGGCAGAGCGAGGAGCGCGUCCGAUCCGGUCCAUGACGAGGAGGCUCCGCCCACCGCCUCCACAGAGCUGAAGGCACACACACACCAACACACACAGAAGAAGAAGAAGAAGAAGAAGGGGCGUCAGGUUGCAGCGGAGGUGACCAGAGGCCACUGCCCACCUGUAGCUCCGCCCCCAGCAGAGUCCUCCUUUGGUCAGCGGCUUCCUUUCCCACCAUUGCCUCUGAGGGUCCCCCCAGGACACACCCCGGCCCCGGGCCCCAUCCAGGCUGCCGCCCCCCCGGCCGAGUACCAUUCGGAUUCUGCCGAGUCCCUGGAGGAAAUCCCCGUGGCGCUGGCCAAGCUGGGCUCCUCGUCCUCCGGCGAUGCCACCGGGGCGUCUCGCCGGCCGGACCGCCGUCUGGCCCGAGGGACCCACAGCCCCCUGCCGGACCGACCCGCUCCUGUGCUCAACAAGACCAGGAAGAAGAACCUAUCCUCUCGAGUGAACAGAACCACUGCUCAGCUGAGGUUUGAAAUGGCGUCAAAGCAGCCGCCAUCUGUGUUCGUCAGCCGUGCCAGCAGAGAGACGGCUGAAGUUCUCGGCUGGACGCAGAUCGGGUCUAGACCGCUUCUGGAGUCCUGACCGGGUUCGUUGGUUGUGGUCCAGCCUCGAGGACCGAGUUCUGACUUGACACAACAACUGCUGUUGGAAAGGGACUUUUAUUGUGAAAGGUUAUGUGUAUUUAUUGGUGGGCAAGACUUUUAAUUUGAAAGCCAAGGUGACUUCCUCUGAGUUUCAACCCCGUCGGAUCGGACGCCGUUCAGUGGGUUCAGUUGAAACGGAUCAAGGUGAUCACUCAGACUGGACCAAUAUAUUUGGUGAAAAUGUGAACUGCAGAACACUGCUUCCGGGUCAAAGGUUGUUUCUACUCUGCUGUGCCUCUUCUCUUCAUCUUCCUGCUUCUGACCUGAAGUCUGAAUGUGUGGAUGUGAAUUGUUCCUUUAAAUCUGAGAAGCAAGGGGGCGGAGUCAUCUGUGUGAUGUCACUGUUUGCAAUAAACGCCACACUCGCACAAUCCUCUUCAUCACAACCAAAAAACAUCAUUUUACUGAACCAGCUGGGUUGCUGCAUGCAAUAAUACUAAUGGAAAGUUUAAUGAAAGGAAAAUCGUAGCAGAAAAGGUUGGACUGAUUUCCAUACGUUCUUUACAGAACACAUUUACAUGAAAACGCAAAACAUUCAGAGAUAGAGGAAGAGAGCCGAAGAGCAAGCGGCAUGGAAAGGCCUUUGACCUCUGACCUGCAGCCUCGCUCAGGCUGCGGGGUCACCGAGGUUUCCAACUAACAGAGGAACAAAGAGAACAUAAAAGAAGGGGUCCGAGUCCACAGCUCUGAGCUGUCCCUCAGUGGACGACACAGGAAGUUCUGUCAGAACGCUCUGGGCUUCACCUUCACACCAACCAAGCCAUCUGGGGUCAAAGGUCAACAACAUGAUGACUGAAAACCUCAGGAAGAAUUUGUGUCAAAUUCUCAGAGAAUGUUCUGUUCUCAGUGCAUCUGAACCAGAACCUUCAGAACCAACCCAUUUCAGCUUAACUUCUGAAUCUAAAAGCUGAGCUGAACUUUGCAUCCUGACACCCAAAGGUCCUGACCUUUAUUAAAACCAGACCUCUGGUUCUGACUGCUCAGAACCACAGGACACCCAGCUCCACCAGAACCGGCCCACAUCACGUCCUGCUGCUGGGUUCUGUCUCUGUCUUUCCAUUUUUUUCUAACCUUUGACCCAAACUCAAAACCCAAACCAACAUCUCCCCUCAUGGGGCCCACCAGGUGCAGUGGGUCCCCUCAAUGCAUCUGAUACAUGGUUCACACACACACACACACACACACACACACACACACACACACACACACACACACACACACACACACACACACACACACACACACACACACA